AUGGCCGCCCUCCGCCAGAGCUUCCAGGCAAUGCGAUUGGUCGCCGCUCGUCGCGUCGUUGCGUCGCGAGGCUUUAGCGCGGUGCCCCAUGCUGCCGACAAGUUUGUAGUGGACUUCCCCGAGGAGCACGAGGGACUGAACAUUGAGUUCAACUGGUCGCUCGCCGAUGACGACGUGACGCCACAUGGCGACGCGUUCCGCAACCUCAGCUGGCCGAAGCUCGAGGCACUGGCGAAGCAAGAGACGCCAGGCGACAAGAAGGUGACGAUCAAGGAGGUGGACGUGAACCUUGUGUUCAACGACUUUGAAGGCCUGUACGAGCAAGUGACGGAGCACUUGUCGACCGAGCCGAACUUGUACACCCAGGACGGGGCCGCCGGCUCGUUCAAGGACGACCGCACACGUGUGCGCGUGAUCUCAGACUCGCCAUUGGUGGCGCUCUUUGCUCAGAGUUUGCUCGUGCGUGUGCCUACGAAGGACCCACACGCUCGUCGCCCGAUCGUGGUCUAUGUCGCCACUGGAGGCGAGUACAAGGGCAAAGAGCCAGAGGCGCAGCUACUGCUGGACAACACGGACGAGGGCCUGCCGUUUGUCAAGGUCGUCAUCACUGGCGCGGCUGAUCUCGCGACCGUCAAGGACGCUAUUGGCUUGGCCAAGAAGAAGCUGCUGGAAGUAGCGGAGUCCGCGUCGCUCGUGGUCCCGGCUGACGUCGUGGUCAAGAACAACAAGACAGCUCUGGUGUUCAACGCUACGAGCGCUGGACGUGCUGCAGCUAUCAACCAAGGCCAGCUUUACAGUGCUCACUUGAACAUUUGGAACCCGACGGGCGUGACGUCGCUGUUCGGCGGUGCCAUCGUGGGUGGUGCUCACAAGGUGUCGAAGAAGCACGUUGUGGCAAUGAAGGGCGGCGUGUCAGUGUACGUGCCGUGCAACAACCUCGUGGAGCACCCGAAGGCUGCUAUUUUCGUCGACAAGGCUGGAAAGGGCGUGAAGUCGAUCUCUUCGGCGGAAGCGGCCGCGUUGGUGAAGAAGGUGGACGCUGACGUUGACACGGAGAAGUUCCAGGCGCUACUUACGAAAGCCGAUACCAAGAGCUUUGUUGUGUCGAGCGACGCAGACGUCGAGGCAGCGUUGGCGAAGCUGUAA